UCCCAAGGCUCAAACCAAAAAAGCCAAACACCAUUAUAUAUACACAGAAGAGACACCAUCACAGAAACACACAAAUUAACAUCAUUCAUCCAUUUCUCUCCAAAAUGUCAAUAUUAGAAUCCCAAUACAUCCUUCUCUCAAUAAUACCUCCACUCUUCCUAGCAUGGUACUUAACUCAUAGAAGAGGCAAGCAACCACCGGAGCCGACGCUGUGGCCGCUGCUAGGCAUGCUCCCGGCGGUCCUCCUCAACCUCCGCCACAUACACGACUACGCGACGGAGGUCCUCACCACGUGCGGCGGCACCUACCGCUUCAUCGGGCCGUGGUUAUUCAACAUCGACAUGCUUUUCACCUCCGACCCCGCCAACAUCCACCACAUCCUGAGCCGCAACUUUUCCAACUACCCGAAAGGCCCCGAGUUUCGAAAAAUAUUCGACAUCCUCGGCGAUGGAAUUUUCGGCGCCGACUUCGAGCUAUGGGAGAUUCACCGUAAGACCACCAUGGCCCAGCUCAAGCACGCCGAUUUCAACGAAUUUCUCGAGAGGACCGUCUGGCAGAAGGUCGAGGACGGGCUCUUCCCCGUCCUCGACCAUUUCUGUGGGAAAAAAGAGGGUUUGGAUUUGCAGGAUGUUUUCCAGCGGUUGGCUUUUGAUAACAUAUGCAAAUUCGUGCUUGGCAGCGACCCCUGCUCUCUGCGGAUGGAUUUGACUCUUUUUCCUUGCGAGAAGGCGUUUAGUACGCUGGCGGAGCCGCUGCUGCGGCGGCAUAUACUGCCGGAGUGGAUGUGGAAGGUGCAGAGGUGGCUCAACGUCGGCGACGAGAGGGUCAUCGCCGAGGCUGCCGCGGCGUUUGAUGAUUUCAUCUAUCCGCGUGUUGGUGAUGAUGCCGAUAUGUUGAGGGCGUUUGAGAAGAUGUAUAGUGAGAGGAAAUCGAUUGCGGUUGGUGCUAAUCUCAGAGACUUUCUUAAGGAUACUUCUCUGAGUUUGAUGUUUGCCGGGAGAGACACGACCAGCACGUGCCUCACGUGGCUCUUCUGGCUCGUCGCGCAAAACCCUGCUUCGGAGAGGAAGAUUCUAGAAGAAUUGGAGGCCGAGCUCGGUCUCGAGAAAAAAUGGAGAUCCUUCACGGCAGAAGAGUCACACAAGCUAGUGUACCUACACGGGGCUCUAUGCGAGUCGCUGAGGCUAUUCCCUCCAGUUGCACUGGAGCAUAAAGCUCCAUUGCAACCAGACAUCCUCCCGAGCGGGCAUCACCUGGCCCGCAACGGGAAGCUAAUCAUAUCAUUCUACUCAGUGGGAAGAAUGGAGAGCGUGUGGGGGAAAGACUGCCUCCAUUUCAAGCCUGAGAGAUGGAUCUGUCCGAGCGGGAAGAUCAAGCACGAGCCGUCGUACAAGUUUCCGGCGUUCAACGCAGGGCCAAGGACGUGCGUGGGGAAGGACAUGGCGUUCGUGCAGAUGAAGAUGGUGGCGGCGGCGAUACUGUACGGAUACAAGGUGAGAGUGGUGGAGGGGCAGAGGGUUUCGCCUCGGGAUUCGAUCAUUCUGCAUGCCAGAGAAGGAUUGAAGGUGUCGUUGCGUAAGAGAAAUUGAUUGGACGGAUGCAAUGAUUGGAAGAUGAUGAUGCCGUCUGUUUGUCUCUCUGUUUUAACGAUAUCACUCAGUAGAAUUCAACAAAUGUUAAUAAUGUUGUGUUUUUCUUUUUUUGGCACUUGCAGACAACGGCUGCAGUAAGCUCCCUCUCUUUAUGUAUUUUCUUUUUAAUUCAA